AUGGGUGUAGAUAGAAGAUAUUUUCUUGGCGAAAAGAACAAUAGGAGUGGCAACAUUCUUCGUGCCUUUGGCCGUAAGACCCAGAAGCAGCUUCACUUCGAUUUUGACAGCGGGUCCGUGCCACAUCCCACCUCACCAACCAACGACUGGUUAUCAACACGCGACAUCCGGACACCUCCGCGAAUACGAGUUUUGCCUGAUGGGAUUGCGGCCAUGCAGGACGAAGCAUCCGGAAGCCAUCGUCGACACAAGCGACUCUCAUCGAAAGACAGUAUUGCACAAUCCGCCGCGGACUCAAGUGCGAGUGGCAACGCGGACGAUGAUGUCCCAGCUGUCAAGGCGCCAUGGCGCUCGCUUUUCGCCUUUACCACGCGACGACAGGUUCCACUAUUUAUGGCUGGGGUCGCGUGCGCAAUUCUGGCCGGUGCUGCAAGCCCGGCGCAAACACUCAUCAUCGGCAAGCUCUAUGGCGGCUUCACUGACUACGCCUCGGGGCGGCUCGACAAGAACGAGUUCAUGCGCAAGGAGACGACAUAUGUAAUCUACCUUGUCGCCAUAGCAGCCGCUAGUUGGCUGCUCCACACGAUCGACUUCGGUAUUUGGCUCGCCUUUGGGGAGCUGCAAGCAAAGAGUGCUCGAGAUCGCUUGUUCCACGGACUCCUCGAGAAAGAGAUCGAGUGGUACGACAUGCGCAAGAACGGUAUUGGAGCCAUGCUGCCUAGGCUGCAGGCGCAGAUUCGAGACUUGCAACUUGCCGCCGCUCAGCCCAUGGGUAGCAUCUUCCUCUCCUUGUCGACUGCCAUCUUGUCUCUUGUACAGGCUUUUGUUGUGUCUUGGAGUCUCACGCUCGUCACACUCGCGACCGUUCCUCUCAUUAUGUUCCUGCUUGUACUGUGCUCCAACGGCAUGCAGACCAGCAUUAACAAGCAGCAAGACCAUCUCACCGAAGCGCAAAAGUACACAACAAAUGCAUUUGCAUCCAUUGACACCGUGAAGUGCUACAACGGACAGGAGAUAGAGCAUAAAAAAUACACCAACAGCAUUGAACGAGCUGCUCAUUGGUAUGCCUGGGUCGCACAUGCAAGCGCACUUCAGAUGGCCCUCGUUGUUCUGCUCUCGGUCUCCAUGUUUGUCCAAGGAUUCUAUUACGGUGGCGUUCUCAUUCGCAAGGGCGAGAUUGGCACGGCAGAUGUUAUUACAACGUUUUUCUCGGCCAUCGGUGCAUUCCAGGCGAUACAAGGUAUACUGCCGCAGAUGAUUGUGCUAGAAAAAGGUCGCACUGCUGGCGCCACGCUCCGUGUGGUCAUGGCUCAGGUUCUCCAAGGGCCCGGCUUGCAACGGGAGAAGGGUCUUCUAGUGCCAAGUUCGUGCAAAGGAGACAUUAAUGUCACCAACCUGACCUUUGCAUAUUCGCAGCGUCCGGAUCAGCCUGCUCUACGGGAUGUCACUCUCUACCUCAAGGGCGGAGAUCUAACCUUCCUCAUUGGCCGUAGCGGCUCCGGCAAGAGCACCAUCGGCCAGCUGCUGUUACGUUUCUAUGCAGCAUCUGAGGGGGAGGUCCUCCUGGACGGUACUCCGCUGGAGUCCCUCGAUACCUCUUGGCUGCGCUCCAACAUUACCUUGGUGGAGCAAACAAGCAUGCUAUUCAACGAUACCAUUUUCCGCAACAUCGCUUUCGGUCGAAAAGACAAUGAAAAGGUUACAAGGGCCGAAGUCAUGGAAGCGGCAGAAUUCGCCUUGCUGCAGCUCAUGAUCGGAGAGAUGCCCGAUGGCCUUGACACGGCGGUCGGUUUCAAAGGAGGCUCAAUGUCGGGAGGGCAGCGUCAACGCAUGGCUUUGGCCCGGGCAAGACUACGAGAUACUCCAGUGUUGAUUCUGGACGAAUCGACCAGCGCUUUGGACCAAAUUAGUCGCACACUGAUGAUGGAUGCGAUAAGAAGGUGGCGUAAAGGCAAGACAACUAUCAUCAUAACCCACGACAUUGGACAGAUUCAAGACGACGAUUACAUGUACAUCCUUGAAGAAGGCAGGGUUGUACAAGAAGGACAUCGCAGUCAAUUGCAGAAAUUGAAGGGCACACCUUUCCAAGGGUUCCUCAAUGUGGACGAUCACACCGAAACGGCGGCAUCCAUUACCAAGACAGUAUCGUUUGAUUCUCAACCAUCGCGGGCAUCGUCAUCUUCACUCGAGUCGUUUUCCGACUUUGGAGUAUCAAACUCAUUCUUUGACCCUCUAGAUGCUGCGCUAAGAGCUGGAGAGAAGAACGCAGCCAACCGAAGCUCGUAUCUUCCCAGUGUUCUUCAAGAAGGCAGUCCAGUACCUGGAAUGCUUCGGAGGAAAGGAGAUACAUCUGCGGCUCCGUGGAUACGAAUGGGACUGACGCCCGAAAUGCCCGUCGCCACCAAACCUAGGCGCGAGUCACAUCUUGAGCGACCAGAAUCACUCGGGGAAGUUCCGACCACACCUCCUGAUUCCAAACGAUGGACCGCAGCGAUGGAGAAACUGGUUGACCAGACCGGAACCUUUGCAGCCAACGCACGAAGACGCUCGAUGGGCAUCAAUCGUACACGACGGCCAAUCGAUCAAAAAGACCAUAAUGAUGACGACUCUCCAGCGGGUCCACGGGCAGCUUUGGCGGCGCUGGAGGCCAACGACGUGGCCGACGAGACGGAACGGAAGAUAACGCUUGUGGAAAUCUUCCGUACCUUGUGGCCAAGCCUAAACCUGCGAGAAAAAGCGUGGCUUGUAAUCGGCUUCUGGUGUGCCACAAUUCACGCUGUGUGCAGUCCAACUUUUGCAUUCGUCAUUUCGAAGCUGCUGAGUACAUAUACCAUGCCUGGUGGUGGCAAAAGCAAGUCGCUGCUCUACUCUAUGAUUGUGCUGGCCAUCGCCUUCGUGGAUGGCUUCCAUGUGUACAUGUACCGCAUGGUGCUUGAGUGCAUCAGCCAGGCAUGGGUUGACUACGUCCGUGCCGAAGCAUUUGGUCGUAUCCUGGACCAGGAACGUGAGUUUUUUGAAAAGCAGGAGAACGGGACCUCACGCUUGACCGAAAGUCUGGACCGUAACGCAGAGGAGAUGCGCAAUCUAGUCGGACGAUUUGCCGCCAUGGUCUGGAUUGCGUCUUUGAUGGUCAUUGUCACCAUCAUUUGGGCUCUCGUCGCGCAAUGGAAGCUCACGCUUGCAGCAUUGGCCAUUUGUCCGUACAUCUGGGGCACGUUGCGACUCUUUGCUGCCGUCAGUGAGAAGUGGGAACAUCGAUGCAACGAUGCAUCCGAAGAAGCUGGAGCAAUCUUCAACGAGACGUUCACCAAUAUCAAGACCGUUAGGGCGCUUACCCUAGAGCCAUACUUUCUCGAAAAGUACACAAGAGUAACGGACAGUCUCCUGAGACUCGGUAUGCAGCGUGCCAUGUACUGCGGCUUUCUCUACGGUCUCUCAGACAGCGCAGGCGAAUUCAGCACGGCCAUGAUCUUCUAUGUGGGAGCUUUGAUUGUCAAGUCGGGUGCAUCUGUCACAGACGUCAUAAUGGUGUUCACGCUACUGAUAUUCUCUCUCACCAGUGUCGGUGGGAUCCUUGCAUACAUCCCUCAGGUCGGAGCCUCCAAAGACACGGCAAUACGGCUUCUUCGUCUUUCAAACCUACCCCAGGACUCACAUGAGCAUCUGGGAGACACUCGCAUCGUCACAAUCGGCGACAUAGUGUUCGAUGAUUUGGAUUUUGCGUAUCCUACGCGCCCUGACGCUCUUGUCUUGAGAAACAUCAAUCUUGUUCUACAUCCGGGAACUACGACAGCGAUCGUUGGAGGGUCUGGAUCCGGAAAGUCCACAAUCUCGAAUCUGUUGCUGGACCUGUACAGCACCGCCUCAAUGCCCACAUCGCGAGUUGGCGAUCUAUCCUUUGGCGGCCGCGAUAUGGAGCACAUCUACACMCCUUCGUUGCGGGCUCUGAUCGUCAGCGUCUCGCAAACACCAACUCUCUUCGCCGCGACUGCUGGAGAGAACAUCGCAUACGGUCUGCCUGCGGAUUCGCCCAACAAUACCCCCGAAAGCAUAGUCUACGCGGCUCGACAGGCUGGAAUCGACGAUUUCAUCACCAGUUUACCCCAAGGCUACAAUACGCUCAUUGGCGAUGGUGGACUUGGUCUCUCCGGCGGCCAAGCCCAGCGAAUUUCCAUUGCACGCGCUUUGGUCCGCAAGCCCUCUGUCCUGAUUCUUGAUGAAGCCACAUCUGCUUUGGACGUUGAAUCUGCRAAUCUGAUUCGACAUACACUCACAGACUUGGUGCAGGAUCGCAGUCACGAGAUGACGAUCAUCAUCAUCACGCAUCAUAGAGACAUGAUGGAAAUGGCGGAGCGUGUCGUCGUUCUCGAUCAAGGCCAGAUUGUGGAGGAGGGGACUUUUGAUGAGUUGUUGGCUAAGCAAGGACCGUUGUCCCAUUUGCUGAGUGGUGGAGAGUGGACGGAUAAUCUUGGUAGAGACACACGACCUGUCAGAGCUAGCAAGAGGAGAAGCGGAUUGCCUGUGCUGAAGCAAGUCGAUUGGAAGUCGAACAGAUUGAAGAAAUUGGCGGUUGUGCAUCAGGGUAAACGUUUGUAA